AGGGAGCUCUUGAUCGGGACUCCUCAGGGGCUACUAGCCCAAGUUCAUAGCCAGGAAGAGCAGGGACUUAAAAUGGACUGGCUUCUGGUUGAUCUCGCAAAAGCAGCAGAUACAUAGUCCAUCCUACCCUUUAGUUCUCCUGCCAAGAAGCAAGGCACAGAGCAGCAGAGUGGAUGAAAGCUGCCUGUCUUCAUAGUCUCAGCAAAUCACUCAUCUCAGUGCUUGGAGAAAUUGUGAAAUGGCCUGUGUGAACGGGAGGGUCAUAUUGAUGGGCAUGCAGUGUGUGCCCAUGGGACCUCUAGCUGAUUCCCGUUCCACUCUUCAUGUCUCUUCUAUUUUUGAGCCUGAUGGAUUAUCAAACGCCCACCUCCCUCUAUGACAUCGAUUAUGGGAUGUUAGAGCCCUGCCAGAAGAUCAAUGUGAAGCAGGUGGCAGCCCAGCUCCUGCCUCCGCUCUACUCGCUGGUGUUCAUCCUGGGCUUAGUGGGCAACCUGCUGGUCAUCCUCACCCUGGUCAACUGCAAGAAGCUCAAGAGCAUGACUGACAUCUACCUGCUCAACCUGGCCGUGUCCGACCUGAUGUUCCUGUUGACACUCCCUCUGUGGGCUCACUACGCCUCAGCCCAGUGGGACUUUGGAAACACGAUGUGCCAGCUGACGACCAGCCUCUAUCUCAUCGGCUUCUUCUCCGGCAUCUUCUUUAUCAUCCUCCUGACCAUCGACAGGUACCUGGCCAUCGUGCACGCUGUGUUUGCUUUAAAAGCCAGGACAGUCACCUUCGGGGUGGUGACCAGCGGGGUCACCUGGGUGGUUGCAGUCCUAGCAUCUCUUCCAACCAUUAUCUUCACCAAAUCUCAAAAAGAAGGUGUGCGGUAUACAUGCAGCUUUCACUUUCCAACCAGUCAGUAUCAUUUCUGGAAGAACUUCCAUACAUUACAGAUGACCAUCCUGGGCCUGAUCCUGCCCCUGCUUGUCAUGGUCAUUUGCUACUCAGGGAUCCUCAGGACACUGCUUCGCUGUCGCAAUGAGAAGAGGCGGCACCGGGCUGUGCGGCUCAUCUUCACCAUCAUGAUCAUCUAUUUCCUCUUCUGGACUCCCUACAACAUCGUCCUCCUCCUGAACAACUUCCAGGAGGCCUUUGGUCUGAACAACUGUGACAGCAGCAACCAACUGGACCAAGCCAUGCAGGUGACAGAGACACUGGCUAUGACACACUGCUGCAUCAACCCAGUGAUCUACGCCUUUGUUGGGGAGAAGUUCCGCAGGUACCUCUUGCUGUUUUUCCAGAAACACAUCAGCAAACGCUUCUGCAAACACUGUCUGUUCUUCCGGUGUGAGACUCCUGAACGAGCCAAUUCAGCUUACACCCGAUCCACUGGAGAGCAGGAGCCCUCCACUGGCCUGUGAGCAGGACUGGGUUACACGUGCCACCCAAGACGCAUUCUGGGCUGGAGAGCAGUUCAUUUAGAAAGGAAAUUACUGUCAUGGAGGAGCCCAAGUGGGAUCCAUCUAUCCGACAUCUGUUAGAAUUAUGCCAGGUCUUUUACGCCCAUCCUUUCUCAAAAGCGAAAACAAUUUAUAUUGAUGAACUGCCCUCCACUCCACACACAAGUCAUGGGCAAGCUCUUUCCUGCCAAGUUUAUUACAAAAUAUACCUCCAAGAGCUGCUGGGUCCUGAGCUUGGCAAUCUGAGCAGCCAAGAAAAUGAAUCCAGAAAUAACAUUGUACAGCAUCUUGGCUAUGCAAGACAGCACACGGGUGGGGAGAAAAGGCGUGUUGGGGGUUAGUGAAGGUGUCUUUCCCCUCCCAGGCAAAGUCAGCAGGUUCCACAGCUUUCAGUGUCCCAGAGGCUGGAGGAGAAGAGGCUGGAGGCACUGCAUGGGCAAAGCUCAUUGGUGGGCAGACCCCGUGGCUGACUGGGGGAUCUGCCAGCCUCAAGAUCAUGAUGGGCACAGCAGAUAGUGUUGCAGAAAGCCUACACCACACAGCUGCAAAGUCACCCCAAACGGUGAGCUAUGAGGGCAAGAACUGGG